GAGUCAACCUUCUUCAACACUGUGAUGUUAAGCCAGGCCCUGCGAUUCGUGUUGCUCUGGACUGCGCUCUGUUUUGCGGCUCUGGUGAACGUGACAGUCGACGAUACGGACUCUUCUGCGUGGGCGUGGAGUGGGGCGUGGAACGCGAUAACCGAGGGGAAUCCUUGCCAACGCUGCACGGUACAUGCAGACGGAAAGCAAGCGUUCAACCACUCGUGGCACGACGGCCUCCUGCUCUCGGGGGCGUUCACAUUUCGAGGUCUUUGGCUCUCUGGACCGAAUAUAGCACAACUGACUGGACUGCUUAAAGGCGUCGCGGUCUACAUUUACGGCAUCGACAUUGACAAUCCGGCAAACGUCACAUUUUCCUUGAACAAUCCGUCGCUCUCUGCGUUCCACUACAAGGACACCGGCUUGCCACAGAAAUUCCUGUACAACUCGCUCUUCUUCGCCGCGCACGGCCUCGACGGCACGCAGGAGCAUACGAUACUGUUCGGGGAGACUGCGGUGCCACAGCCGAGCCCUCACGUGCCGGGGAAGGUUGCGUUGCUUGACUAUGCGGUGGUGACCAUCGACCAGGAGGCGCUGCCCGGGCCGCCUUCCGGUCCUAGUCAGCCUUCACAAACAUUGCCGACAAGUCUUCCAGCAUCCCGGCCCGGGUCGACCGGCAUGACGGGGCUCAUCGUCGGCGGGAUACUGGGCGGGCUUGCCGCCGUGGCGUUCCCCGCUGGCGCAGUCGUAUUGGUUCUAUCACGUCGGAAGCGCCGUCGCAGUGCCAACACCGCGCAGCUGACGCAGAGUAACCGUUUUCCUCCUAGUAUCACGAUACCGAGCACGGUUCUGUCAUCGGAGCCCUCUCCGAGAAUUGCGCUGCAUAACCGCAACUCGAACCCUUACUCGGAUUCACCGGCCCGGGCAGGACCAGCCACGACUCGGCCUAAUCAGAUUGCGGAGGUCGAACGGCGACUACGCGUCCUGGAAGAGCUGGCACAGGUGGCGCCUCCUUCAUAUAAGUGA